GUGUGACGCCAUUUGGCCAAGCUUGCGGGGCUUUAAAAUGCAGUUUGAGAGGACAGGAAGCAGAUUUGGAGCAAGAGGUGGUGGUGGCCUUCCCCCGAAGAAAUUUGGUAAUCCUGGGGAGCGUUUGCGUAAAAAAAAGUGGGAUUUGAGUGAGCUCCCCAAGUUUGAGAAGAAUUUUUAUGUGGAACAUCCGGAAGUAGCAAGACUGACACCAUAUGAGGUUGAUGAGCUACGCCGAAAGAAAGAGAUUACAGUGAGAGGGGGAGAUGUUUGUCCUAAACCCGUGUUUGCCUUCCAUCAUGCUAACUUCCCACAAUAUGUAAUGGAUGUGUUGAUGGAUCAGCACUUUACAGAACCAACUCCAAUUCAGUGCCAGGGAUUUCCGUUGGCUCUUAGUGGCCGGGAUAUGGUGGGCAUUGCUCAGACUGGCUCUGGGAAGACGUUGGCGUAUCUCCUGCCUGCGAUUGUUCAUAUUAACCACCAGCCAUACUUGGAAAGGGGAGAUGGCCCAAUUUGUCUAGUUCUGGCUCCUACCAGAGAGCUUGCCCAGCAAGUACAGCAGGUGGCCGAUGACUAUGGCAAAUGUUCUAGAUUGAAGAGUACUUGUAUUUAUGGAGGUGCUCCUAAAGGUCCCCAGAUUCGAGACUUGGAAAGAGGUGUUGAGAUCUGCAUAGCCACUCCUGGACGUCUGAUAGAUUUCCUGGAGUCAGGAAAGACAAAUCUUCGCCGAUGUACUUACCUUGUGUUGGAUGAAGCUGACAGAAUGCUUGAUAUGGGAUUUGAACCCCAGAUCCGUAAAAUUGUUGACCAAAUCAGGCCUGAUAGGCAGACGUUGAUGUGGAGCGCAACCUGGCCAAAAGAAGUAAGACAGCUUGCAGAGGAUUUCCUUCGUGAUUACACCCAGAUCAACGUAGGCAAUCUGGAGUUGAGUGCCAACCACAACAUCCUCCAGAUAGUGGAUGUCUGCAUGGAAAGUGAAAAAGACCACAAAUUGAUCCAACUAAUGGAAGAAAUAAUGGCUGAAAAGGAAAACAAAACAAUAAUAUUUGUGGAGACAAAGAGACGCUGUGAUGAUCUGACUCGAAGGAUGCGCAGAGAUGGUUGGCCAGCUAUGUGUAUCCAUGGAGACAAGAGUCAACCAGAAAGAGAUUGGGUACUUAAUGAGUUCCGUUCUGGAAAGGCACCCAUCCUUAUUGCUACAGAUGUAGCCUCCCGUGGGCUAGAUGUGGAAGAUGUCAAGUUUGUGAUCAACUAUGACUAUCCAAACAGCUCAGAGGAUUAUGUGCACCGUAUUGGCCGAACAGCCCGUAGCACCAACAAGGGUACCGCCUAUACCUUCUUCACCCCAGGGAACCUAAAACAGGCCAGAGAGCUUAUCAAAGUGCUGGAAGAGGCCAAUCAGGCUAUCAAUCCAAAACUGAUGCAGCUUGUGGACCACAGAGGUGGCGGCGGAGGCGGGGGUAAGGGUGGUCGUUCUCGUUACCGGACCACUUCUUCAGCCAACAAUCCCAAUCUGAUGUAUCAGGAUGAAUGUGACCGAAGGCUUCGAGGAGUCAAGGAUGGUGGCCGGAGAGACUCUGCAAGCUAUCGGGAUCGUAGUGAAACCGAUAGAGCUGGUUAUGCUAAUGGCAGUGGCUAUGGAAGUCCAAAUUCUGCCUUUGGAGCACAAGCAGGCCAAUACACCUAUGGUCAAGGCACCUAUGGGGCAGCUGCUUAUGGCACCAGUAGCUAUACAGCUCAAGAAUAUGGUGCUGGCACUUACGGAGCUAGUAGCACCACCUCAACUGGGAGAAGUUCGCAGAGCUCUAGCCAGCAGUUUAGUGGGAUAGGCCGGUCUGGGCAGCAGCCACAGCCACUGAUGUCACAACAGUUUGCACAGCCUCCGGGAGCUACCAAUAUGAUAGGUUACAUGGGGCAGACUGCCUACCAAUACCCUCCUCCUCCUCCCCCUCCUCCUCCUUCACGUAAAUGAAACCACUCAAGUGGUAGUGACUCCAGCAGACUUAAAUUACAUUUUAAGGAACACUCUUUCCUUUUUUUUCCUCUUCCCCUUUUCUUUUUUUCUUUUUUUUUUCCUUUUUCUUUUCUCUUUUUUUUUUUUUUUUAUUAAUUUUUCUCCCCAACCAUCGUGAUUUGUCUUUUCAUGCAGAUUAGUUAGAAUUCACUGCCAGGUUUCUUCUGCCCGCCAAAAUGAUCCAGUCUGUAAUAACAUUUUGUAAAAAAAAAAAAAAACAAAAAAAAAACAUAUAUAUAUAUAUAGCUGACUGGAAGAGAUUAAUUUCUUCCCCCAACUUCUUGCAUGUUGAAGAUAUUCGAGCUAUUUUUCAUCUUAAAGAGUAAGGUAUUAGGCCCUUUUGUGGGAGCCCAUCUUUUGUUUUUUUCUGAGUUGGUGGGGAGGGAGGGAGGGAGGGGGAGGGCUGAAUCGUUUUGCAGAGGAAGAUGGCAUCUGUGCUUUAAAUUUCUCAUUACUGGGUUAGAAAACAAACAGGGAUUUCCCUGCACAUUUUCUUUUGUGCUUUUAAAUGUUUCUCAAGUUGGAACAGGUUUCCUCAGGCCUGUUUUGACUGAUUGCUUGAGUGCAUUUGACAGUUAAAAAUCACUAAUUGGUUUUAUCUCCCUUUACACUCUGCCUUUCCCCCGCCCCCAUUACUGAAAAAUAACCAUUUUAGUGUCAGGUUAGAAAUUGAAAUGCGGAGUCUUGUGUAUCCUUUAAAUUAAAAACCACAAGUGUUUAUUGCAGUGGUUUAACUGUAGCAUCUCAGCAUCUGGGUGGAAGCUGCCUAUAUUUCCCGGUAAAACUGGGGACCAUCUGUGAAAUUAAUUUUCCAGCCAGACAGCUGCUGUGAGCAAAUGAACAUAAAUGCUCACUGGAAACUAACCAGUUUUUAUAUUGACCUGCAGUGUAAAAAGCACAUUUAAUUAUAAACAAUAUAUUCAAAAUGGGCAGAUUUUCUUUUGAAAUGCAGUGUAGAGCUAGAAUAAAAACAACUCUUUGCCAGCUACUCUGCCCUUUUGGCAAAGUUACCUUGAACAAAGAAUCUUCAGGGUUUAUUAAGAACUUUUAUUUUCUUCAUACCCUGUUCUCUGCAGUGCUUUCUAACAGCUUCUGGGUGCAGAUUUUCUUCGGCAUCCUUUUGCACUCAGCUUAUUACAGGUAGGUAGUGCUUAAGAAAAGUCAUGGAGGACUAAAGCCUAAGUCCUUUUCACUUUUCCUCCCUCUGAAGGUAGGUGAGUUCAUCCUCUUCAUAGUAAUGCUGUUUUACCAAGACUUUUUAUAUAGCAGAUGAACCCAGAAAGAAUUUUCUGCUAUUGUGUUCACUACAACAGGAUAGAGACAUCAGACAGCCCCAGAAACCCCUUUCAGAUCUGAUAUGGGACUAUUAAUUUUUAUGCUGUUAAUUUGUAUUCAUUCACAAUGCAGUUUAAGGCGGAAGGCUCCACUGCAUUCUUUGGCUAAGGCUUGAAUGCUUGCUGAUUUGUAAGAUCUAUAUUCGAGGUUUUUGUUUUCCUUUUAAAAUUCUUUAGGGAGAGAGGGAUGGUUUCUGAGGGGUUCUGAAAGUAUGAUUCAAUGUGCAACAUACAGGUAGGUCUUCAGCAUAAGCUGAAAUGUAUGCAUGUAAAAACUUUGACAUCUUUUUUUUAAUUUUCCACUUUCUUCUUUCUUAACUUUACUUCUCUUUUUGUCCCCCCCAUCUUAUAGAAGUUGAGGCCAAGGGAGGAUGGUAGGCACAGACGAAACGUGGCAAACUGCUCUGUGCUUUCAAACCAAAGUGUUCCCCCCUACCCCAAAUUUGUCUAAGCACUGGCCAGUCUGUUGUGGGCAUUGUUUUCUACAACCAAAUUCUGGGUUUUUUUCUUCUUUCUUUAAACAUAGAGGUUCCACCACAAGGGAUGCCCUACUCUCUCGCAGCUCUUGAAAGCAUCUGUUUGAGGGAAAGGUCUCUGCAAGCAAGUGGUUAUUUGGAUUGCUUGCUUCCCUUUUUCCACCUGGGACAUUGUAAUCAUAAAAUAACAGUAAAACCUUAAAAGCUAUUAUGGUCUGAGCACAGCUGAAAUCUAGCAGAGUUUAACUCUUCUGCCUCCAUGUCUGUCACUCAUAAUUCAGGUUCUGCUGUUGGCUUCAGAACAUGAGCAGAAGAAUCAUUUUAUGCUAGUUAUUGCAUUCAUGGUUGAAACUCAACUUAGGGAAAGGGUUUCAAUGUAUUAAGCAAUGGGCUGCUUCUCCCCCAAUCCUCCCUAACAAUUCGUUGUGUGGACUUCUCAUCUAAAAGGUUAGUGGCUUUUGCUUGGGAUCAGUGCUCUCUAUUCAUGUUCUUGCUGGUCUCCAAACAUUCCUGUUGCAUUAAGACUUGAAAGAUUUGUAGAUGUGUGAUGUUCAGGCACAGGAUGCUGAAAGCUAUGUUACUAUUCUUAGUUUGUAAAUUGUCCUUUUGAUACCAUCUUGUUUUCUUUUUGUAGGUAUAAAUAAAAACACUGUUGACAAUAA